AUGGCGAGCUUUUUCGACCUCAAAGCCCGCAAGGCCGCUGCCGCUGCCAAUGGCGGCUCCGUGCCCAAACCCGAAGACAACAAGAAAACCGCACGCAAGCAACCUUGGGUAGAAAAGUACAGACCAAAGACCCUGUCCGAUGUUACUGCCCAGGAUCACACCGUAAACGUACUACAACGCACCCUUCAAGCCUCCAACCUGCCGCACAUGCUCUUCUACGGACCUCCCGGUACGGGCAAGACCUCGACGAUUCUGGCAUUGGCCAAGGAGCUCUACGGGCCUGAAAUGAUGAAGUCUCGUGUCCUAGAACUCAAUGCCUCCGACGAGCGUGGUAUCUCCAUUGUCCGCGAAAAGGUCAAGGACUUUGCCCGUAUGCAGCUCGUUAACCCCCCGCCUGGCUACAAGGACCGGUACCCUGUGCCGCCCUUCAAGAUCAUCAUUCUCGACGAGGCCGACAGUAUGACACAGGACGCCCAAUCGGCACUCAGACGGACAAUGGAGACAUACAGCAAAAUUACGCGAUUCUGCCUCAUUUGUAAUUACGUCACGAGGAUCAUUGAUCCUCUGGCUAGCAGAUGCAGCAAGUUUCGCUUCAAGAGCUUGGAUCAGGGAAACGCCAAGAAGAGGCUGGAAGAGAUUGCAGAAAAGGAAGGCGUCGCACUAGAAGACGGUGCCGUGGACGCGCUGAUCAAGUGCUCCGAGGGCGAUCUGCGCAAGGCCAUCACAUUCUUGCAGAGUGCGGCAAGGUUAGUGGGUGCCAUUGAGAAGGACGACGAGGGAGACCGCGGAGACAAGAUGGAUGUGGACGAGGAAAAGAAGCCCGUGUCAGUCCGGGUGAUUGAAGAGAUUGCCGGCGUCAUUCCUGCAAAUACGAUUGAAAAGCUGCAAAAAGCAAUGCAACCUCGCGCAGCGUCCGCUACCUACCCGGCUGUCGCAAAAGAAGUCGAGGAGAUGGUUGCUGAUGGAUGGAGCGCAAGUCAGGUCGUUUCUCAGCUAUAUCAAGCUGUUAUUCAAGAUGAAACAAUCCCUGACAUUCAGAAAAACAAGAUCACCUUGAUAUUCUCAGAGAUUGACAAGAGGUUGGUGGAUGGUGCUGAUGAGCAUCUAACAAUGUUGGACCUGUCGCUCAGGAUAUCGAACAUCUUGGCAGGCAAAGGCUAG